GCGAUCUUUUCGGAGCUGCGCGCUGCCUGUGGAAGGUAGAGUGGCGGUGGCCUGGAGCGGCGCUGGUGAGUCCGCAGAUGUUCUCGCGGAAGAGCGUUGGAUGCUGAGCACAUCAGAUGAGACUCCCCUUCUGCAGCCUGUUGAUCGUAACGCCUGGGUUCUUAUGUGGGGCUGUGCUUCCCUUUUCUGCGGUGUCGUCAAUUGCUGUGUUGUGUGUUGUGAUUUCGUGUUGAACAAGGAACCUAGCAUAAAUCGGCGUACUUGUGGAAUGAUCGGCGGCGGCAUUUAUGUUGGUCUUUGGAAGUUACCCGGACCUGCAACGCCAACUCUGCACAAAGUAGUACCAGUGGUAUGAAGUGGAUCCACGAGCUGAAUGCGACUCCGACAGUGCAAAGGCGGAAGUCGACGUAGAAGAUUGAGAUUUCGGCAGCGCACCGCACAGGAGGAGUAUCCAAAGCAGUUGUGAUCUUCAACAAGUAUGCGGCGGACACGUGGGCGUGGUCUGGAGAGAACCAACUGGAGCUGCUCGGGACAACGGUCAGAGGAAAUGACUGAGAGAGACUACGCAAAAAGCAGCCAGACAAGUAUCAGGGAAGAAGGUAUCGCUUUUCUCUGGGGCGUAAUGGUGAAAUAAGCGGCCCAGACAGACCGACGAAACCCUCAAGUAACGAACCCGAUCGACGAAGGAGAAAGGAGCCAAAGGAAGGAAAAUCCGUGCAGCAGGCGGAAGGGACCUCUUUGGCCGCCCGCUGCUCUUCCCCCGUUACGACUGGCCUCAACUAACGAAGCCUCUGUCCGACUCAGUCAACCACAUAUCCGCAUUCUGCUGUCAUCCCCUGCUAGAUAUCUGGCACAGAGAGAAAACGACGGUCUCAGAUCCAGCGAACACAAGCAUUAUGGCUGUAGUUUCGAAAGCAAAAAGAAGUGCACGUUGAUCACUGUGGGAGAAAAGGCUAAGGAGGACCUGCGUUUCUGGAUCGAACGGAGUCGCUCACCUUGUCAGUGCCUGAGUUACGACGACUCCCUUACUGCCCUCAUAGUUACAAAGCGUCGCUAUUUCUUGGGACCUGAUUCAAACGCUCGGUUUGAUGGAGCAAUAGCCUAAUGAAGCAUCAUUUCCAAUGUGGAUGUGUAGAAUAGUACCCCAUACAAGGUAGACAACAAGCCAUUCAUGUUCGUCGUCCCACGAAAGUAAAACGAGUGGCAUGUAUGCGAGAAGUCCUCGAUCGCAUUCUGGCGAAUGUUCUUACUCUGUCGUCAAGCACACACGAAGCUGUCUUUCCUAACACAGAUUUCGAUGUUCUCACUAUGUGGAGGCAUGACUGAUAAUACGACGGUUGCGACUCACUACGGUGCGUAAACGUGCGUUGACAGCAUGGAUGAUUAUCUCGAGGCCCUCGUAGGAACAGACGGGGGCCUCUCGCUCACAGCUAACCUGAGUCCUUCUUUCAAGGACCAACCAUCGCCGAGUUUAAAUGACUCCCUUUUGGAGCAGUUACUACCAGAGGAGGUAUCCGCGAACUCAUCCACUGCCUUGGUGGUGUCUGGCUGUAUAUGGGACCUAACGAAUGCGGCUGCAAACUGCUCCUGGGAAAACAGAGCCUCUGGGAACGACACGUCCUCCGGUGAUGUGCCCGUGACUGACCAACAGCCGGAGAAAGUGUACUGGGCGCUCAUGCUGGUAAUUCUUCCCUUCCUGGCAGUGUUUGGCAACAUUCUCAUCAUUCUCAGUGUGUACAAAGAGCGGACACUACAGUCUGCUACGAAUUAUUUCAUAGUGAGCUUAGCCUUCGCGGACCUGCUCGUCGCAGCGGCCGCGAUGCCCUUCGCCGUCUACGUUCUGGUGAAUGUCGACUGGGAAUUGAGCGACACCCUCUGCGACUUCUACAUCGCGAUUGAUGUCACUUGCAGCACUGCUUCCAUUUUUAACCUGGUAGCCAUCAGCAUAGACAGGUUUAUCGCCGUGACCCAGCCCAUCAAGUACUCGAAGCACAAGAACAGCAAACGUGUGGCACUCACCAUCGUUUUUGUGUGGGUGGUGUCUGCUGCCAUAGGGUCACCCAUCAUGCUCGGACUGAACACGUCUCCAGAGCGAGUGCCACAUUUGUGUGUCUUCUACAACUCGGACUUCAUCCUUUAUUCUUCGCUGAGCUCUUUCUACAUACCGUGUAUCGUGAUGGUGUUCCUCUACUACAAGAUCUUCAAGGUGAUUCACGACCGCGCCCGCAAGGCUCUGGCCAAGAAAGAGCCGCGUCUCAAGGGGAUCAUCAUUCAAAACGCUACAAAUGCUCAGAGCCACCACGAGACCCGGAUAUCACAGAACGACAAGAACGGCAACAAAGGGCUGCAGAUAGCGGCGGUUCCAGAACAAGACCUCAUGACCACGAACACGGGUAGUAGGAGCCAGCCAGACGAGGACGAGUACGAUGAUCUGCCUAUCGAAGCGGCUGGGGAUAAGUCUCCAGACCGCGAUGACGACACCUCCUUCCUCCGCACCAAGCCCAAACCUGCCAACAUCAUUGUCGUCCACAACAGAAACCAUGACUCUGGAUACGCGGCCUCACAUCUGGAAGAAACCCAAUUUCUCUCCAACGUGCAAGCCCCCAGGCUACCGGACACGAAGAGGAACGGGACGGCAGUGCCAUUGCUCACGGUUUCCGUUGCAAGAGACGCGCCAUCAUCCACAGAAAGGGACGCAGAGAGCCAGACGACACCCGUAAAGAAAAAGUCUCGCUUCAACUUGGGUCGAAAGCAUAAGUCUAGUCGAAGAAAGCGGGAAAAGGCAUCGGCCAAGCGUGAACGAAAGGCCACAAAGACUCUCGCAAUUGUGCUUGGUGUCUUCCUCAUCUGUUGGGUGCCAUUCUUCACAUGCAACGUUAUUGAAGCCGUCUGCAUGAAGCUACAGAGGAAUGACUGCCAUUUGGGGGUCACCGUUUUCCUGCUCACCACGUGGCUUGGCUACAUGAACAGCUGUGUUAAUCCUGUUAUCUACACUAUCUUUAAUCCGGAAUUCCGCAAGGCCUUCAAAAAGCUUCUCUUGGAGCCUACCAAGUAGCCUGAUACCGUCUGGUGCUGCCCUCAAGAGCUCAACAUCAAAUGUCCUCGUUGGUAUUGUGCCAAAACAUGACACGCGUGCGAGAGUCACAUCUUCGUCCAGAUUAACAAAUAUGAGUAGAGCGAACGAUACAGUUCCUCACAUGAACUCAAAGAACGGCGAUCACGAUUGCUCCACGGCUUGGCAGUGCAUGAGCUACAAAAGUCCAACCUCCGUGAAGAAGUGAUAUAUAGGGAACAGGGUAUUUGAAUGAGUUGUCUCCGUUCUCGUUUCUGUUUUCUAAUGAUGUUCUUGUUUGAUAUUUUUUACGCAAGUGAUGAAGCUUUGCGUGAAAUCAAGCCUAGUACUUAUGAGGGGUGUCACACAAUUAUUUCUCAACGUGCUUCGUGUGCAAUUCUUACUCAAUUGUCUCAACUGUCUCGUGUUGUGCAUGGCGUUCAAAUGACGACGACUACUUGAAGUAGCAUCUGCGUACCGUUAAUAUAUUUCUGAACACUUGUA